AACCGAUAGAGGGCGUAAUCUGACAGCAAUGUUGCUAUGAUGAUGAUUCAUGAUGCGCGAUAAACUACGAAGUGUCAGAACAGGAGUUGUUGUCAGAAGAAUACAACAGCAAGUAGAAAUGUGGAUCAUGGUAACUCAAAACUUCUGAUGCUAAAUUAUUUGGAAGGUACAGUACAGCAAGAUCUGUACAGCAGUCAGUGGGAUCAGGGGGGAGUUAAGAAUGUCUACUCGACCAGUCCGUCCAAUCCAGAACCCCAUCGAGACAUUACAGCGCAUUCUACAGCAUACCACACUUACUACGCAGCAAGCAACUCAUGUUAAUAUCAGUGAUGUAGGUGGAAAUAUUUACGGUAGUACAACAGAGGCUUUUAGGCUUGAAAAACUAAAUGCAGUGAAGAAGGCAAUAGCGGACACACAAGAAAGGGCCACGAAGGAACUAAAAGAGGCGUUAAGGCUAGCGAGAGAAGAAGCUGAUAAGAACCUUAAAAACUCACUUGAAGAUGCAAAGAGGGCUGCCCAAGAACAAGCACUACGCAUGGCAUGUGCACGCGACAUCUUGGAAGGUGAACGUAUCAAAAAGUUGACAGUGAGAAUGAAGAGGGAAAAGGAAGAAGCUCUACAAAGUCAGUGGGAGGAAUGCGAGAAGAUGAGGAUGAAGGCGGUGGCGGAUGCCAUUGCGGAAACUACUCAGCGCUUACAUAACCAGUUUGCCCUGGAGAAAGAACUUGCUGUUGCGGAGGCUUUGCGGGUAGCAAGGGAGAAGUUUGAAAUUCGAUUGGAAAAUGCCAUAGAAUCAAUGAGAAUAGAGUGCGAGAGGGUAGCUGCUGCGGAGGCUGCACGUAUCGCCAAGUUACACCAGCAAGAGUGUGACAGGCUAGAAGAUAUAAUUGAUGAUUUAAGGAGGCGUUUACGAGAUGAAAUUGAGGCACGGAAUCUCGUCCAAUCUGACUUUAGGGCAUUGCAACGGGAUUACAAACGUUUCAUGGAUUUCACCGAUGGCAAAUACCAUUCUGACUACCUACUUAAGUUACGCAAACAUGGAAUGAAGUAUGAUCGGAAUUGGGACAGAAGGGAUAGCGAGGAGGUGACCAUGUUCCCGAUACCCACGGUUCUUGCACACUGCCGACGACAGAACGGCCUUGAGGAGACGGAGAAACCAAAAACGCUGAGCUUUGCACCGAUAAAGUAACAGCGUGUAAAUGUUCUGGUGAAGGGAGGUGUGUAGCAUAUACUCAUGCUACACACAAAGUGCUAUUUAUAGUUUAGGAUGGCAUUUUAUUUUAGGAAGUAUACUUCCUUAUCUAACAUAUCUUGUCUGUCAGAGGCAUACCUAGGGGCAUUGGAAUGGGGGCGUGAAGGGAAGUGCUUGAUGGAUGAAAUUUCCUGUGGGGGUUACAAUUUGAGAGGGGGACUGCAAGCUUUUUGGGGCAUGUUUUCUCAUAGGUUCUCUGUUCUCUGUAGAAGCAGAGUAAUGUCUUAGUAGCUUAAACAGGCAAGGAUACUUCAGACAUGAAUUGGAUAUAGAUAUUAGUACGGGUCAAAAUAUAGAUAUUAUUUUUUUAAACUAGAAACAUCGCACACCAUUGUAAAGAAGAGGUAUGGCAAUCAACAAUGCUCUGUUUAGAUUAUCAAAUUAUCUUUGACAAAAAAAUUGCUGUAUGCCCAUAUGAUGUGAUGUCAUCAUGACCAUAUUUAGGCAUGUCAUUAUGGUCUGGACAGGCUUUCAGGAUUUAAAUAUAUUGCCACCUAAAAACAAAAAUCAUUAUAAACCUUACAGUCACAUAAUUUAUCUUCUUUCAAUAAGUCACAAAUACAAAAAUAGAAUAUUAUAUUUUCAAUAAUUUUUAGAUGUUAUACUACAGAAAUCCUUUGCUGUCAAAAAUGUAUAUACAUAUACAAAGACUAUAGAAAGGUGGUAUUAAUUAUAUGUCCAUUAAUUAGUAAGUAAAAUAUUUUCUUGCUUAUUUUCUCAAUUGACAGCUAAUAAACAAAGUAGACAAAUUUACAUGUGGCUCUAUAGUGGUUGCAGCGGUGGAGCAAGAAAUUUGCCAACAAAGGGGGCCGACAUGUCCAACGGAGAGGUCCGAGCCAAGGGACCGACAAAGCCUCAGUCGACGGCCCGGAUUAAAAACUUCCUUUUCGGGUACACUGGGAGAGUUUUUAUGGUUUUUAUAAUAUGGUCCAAAAGGUGCUUUUAAACCACAAUAUUAGGGAUUGGGAGUCAAAAUACAGUUAUUUGGAUAGGCAAAUUAUUAUUCUUUUUCAUUUCUGAUCUGAGGACCUAGUCUUUCGUUGGACGGCAAGUCCCCGGCUGGCGCCACCACUGAGUAGUUGAGUGCAGUAACUUUACAUUCCAGCGUCAUUAUAAAAUAUACACAAUUUGUAGGUGCUUUACAUUUUAGUUUAUAGAAAAAUUUUUAUAUAUUUUUCAAUACAGAAUAUUUGUUAUAAACUUUCAAUUUCUCUAGCAAUAUGUCAUAAAAUUGUGAAUUGUUUAUUUUUGUGUAGAAGAUUGGACUACUUGUAUAGCAGCAUGCGUGUGUAUUGUCAGAUGUUCCUAUCUCCUUGGUAACUGUAUGAAAAGCAAGUUAAUGCAACAUAAUUGUUGCACUUUAAUACGGUCUAGAAUUCCAAUUGUUAUUAUGACCUUCCAAUUGUGGAAAAAUGUCUGACUGUAGAGGAUUUCCACAAAAUAUAUAGGAUUCCAAUUAUAAGUUUUCACAAUGGUCUUUCAAAGAUUACCUAAUUGUCAUUUUAUUUAAAUAAUUUAUAUUUUUUCACAUUAGAUUUAGGCUUUAUAUUUUUGUAUAUGAAUGUCAUAUUUACAUUUUGUUAUAUAUUUAAAGAAUUAAACCACCUAGUUAAUUGUUAGGCUUUCAUACUUUUAGUGUAUAUUUAUCCCAGUUCGCCCCAAGUAUCCGCACAGUGUCAGUAUAUUGUAAGUAAAACUUUUCAGUAUAAUUCACAACUAUUACUUUGUUUCAUCAUAAAACAUAAAAUCAACUAAUUAAAGAUGUACAGGUCUACCUCUAAUUUAAGACCUCUCCAAUUAAAGACCACCUCCAAGUUAAGACCACUUUUCUGUGGUUCCAAAUUAACAGAUGUCUUUUAUCUUUGUUAUUCUAAUUAGAAACCAAAGUUGCCAUGGAAACUCCAGUCUCAAAAGUGGUCUUUAAUUGGAGGGAGACCUGUAUUAGCAUUUGGAAAUUAAUUUCUAAUCAAUGUUACCCAUUAACAACUAUGCUGGAAUUGUCUUUCAAGGUGUUUAAGUAGUUUAAAAAUGAAAAGUUUAUCAGUCUUUCAAUUACAAUAUUAUUAUUAGAUUGUAAUCACUGCUGCAAAAGUAUGCUUUCAUGAAGUAAAUAUCUACUUGAAUGUGUUGGUGUGUUUAAUUUGUAAAAUUAACAUUCCUGAUGAUGACAUAAUUAAUGUUGAUGGCGUGAUUUCAAUACUUGGAGUAUGUAUUAUACUAUAUUGUUUAAUUUGUAUUAUUCAAAUUUAAUAAACAGCUGUAGUUUAUAAUUUGUGUGGCUUUUUUCUAU